AUGUCAAAUUACUAUACAAUUAACAAUUCUCAAAAUAUCAGUGGUCUAAAUUUAGAUCAUAAUAAUAAUAACCUAAACCGUGCUAAUGGUGAUGAAAACGGCAAUAAUCUAUCAUUAAGCCCAUCUGAUACUUACAUACCCAUCUCAAACUCACAGUUUCAACAAGAACAGUUCACAUCAAUCAAUAACAUGGAACAACAAGAGCAAAGUGAGAUUGAUGAUGAUGAUUUAUUAUUUUCAAUGGAAAUUCAACAACCAUAUGAACUUAAUGAUAUAAAUAAAAUCAAUAACAGUUUUACUUCUGCAAUUACAAAUAUGAGCAUUUCAAAUUAUGGUUUUGAUUAUGAGAAUAGUUUUGUGGAUCCUGCUCAACAAAAUUAUAAAUUAUGGUUAUCAUCAUUUUAA